GUGCAGUGUUUUGUUUCUAUGGAUUGUACUCUCUUGGAAAUGGAAGAUAAGGCGUACAGUGUUGACAGUUCCGACGAUAUCAAUAUCGAGGAAGAGGAAGACGAACAUAUUGAGGAAAAUCACAGCUAUCCGCCAGAUUUUCCCAUCGAAGCCCUUGUAAAGUUGGAGCGGCCGUCACCACCCUUGCCGACGCCGCCCAACACGCCAACCGACGACACACCACCCGCUGUCAUUGUAUCUCGACACCAGACCUGGCCAGCACCCCAAUACGCUAACUUCAGACCAAUGCAGACUCCAUACUCCUACGACAAGCAAGUUCCUUAUAGCUACCCAGCCGCUUCUUAUGUUCCACCCCAAGUUGCCUCCCUCCCACCGUCAGCACCAUACCACGCGAUGCUGGUUAACCAAUGGAUAAGAAAUGCUGCUUUAUAUCACCACUCGUUGAGAUACCCGUCAAUGGCGCAAAGAAUGCCUGGAAGGAACCCACCGCAGAUGAGGGCGCCAGGAGUCCCAGGCACGAGGCCAAAAAAACAAUUUAUUUGCAAAUAUUGCAAUCGCCAGUUCACGAAGUCAUACAACUUGCUGAUUCACGAGAGAACACACACGGACGAGCGUCCCUACUCAUGUGACAUCUGCGGCAAGGCUUUCAGGAGGCAAGAUCAUCUUAGAGAUCAUAGGUAUAUUCAUUCUAAGGAGAAGCCAUUCAAAUGUACUGAAUGCGGUAAAGGCUUUUGCCAAUCAAGAACGUUAGCGGUACACAAAAUUCUACACAUGGAAGAGUCACCCCACAAAUGCCCAGUUUGCAAUAAAAGUUUCAACCAAAGAUCGAACUUGAAGACACACUUGAUGACGCACAGCGAAGCCAAUAAGCAUCAUUUAGAACAUCUCGAAGGAUGUCAAGAAGUUUCAUCAACGAGUCAGGUUUCUGACAGUCCUUUAUUGGAUCUGUCACACAAACCAACUCCGCCGCCUCAGGCGUUCCAACAACAACACGCCAGUCCGCAGCAAUCUCCAGUAGAGGCACCUAAGAGGCCGUUAGGCUUUUCAAUAGAAGACAUAAUGAAACGUUAAUAACGUCUUGGAUAAUUGUAGUUUUAGCCAAACACAUUUUGUAACUAAUGUA